UUGUCAAACUUGAGGUAUCUGAUCCAACCCUCUUGAAGCCCGUUAAAUCCGUGUUGGAACGGUACCAAUUUCUCGCCCGCAAAAUGGAAAAGUCUGCGUCGGCAUGGGUAUUUUUCACCACCGUACCAGACUCACAACGCCUGCUGGUGGCAGCGCUGGUGACCGCCGUCGGGGUGCCCCCGGGCUCUAUUGUCUACGGUGUCUACGACCCACCUCCCGCCAUCGCGCCGGUGCUGGACCUAGAAUCCACCAUUCGCCAGCUUUACAAGGAGAAAAACUGGGCCUUCGAUGAGGGCCUCGCGCCCUUCAUUCCUAAGAGAUGGGUGGUGUACGAGCCCAUGGUGCUAUUUAACGCGGGAACCUUUGACGUGGCCGCGUGGCAGCAUGAGCUAGAUGUCAUCGACCGCGACCUCCUUUUCCAGCGCCUUCUCCACACCCAUUUCCCCAGACUCACCCACAUCGCCAUUAACAAGCCCAUCGACCCACACACCGUCAUGAGAAUCCCCAUGAAUAUUCUCGGGGUUCACGGCGACUUUGGCCCAUCACCCACCGCUCGAUCACUAGAGUCGCCCACCACCGCCGAUUUCACCAGCGCUUUCUGGUGCACCACCACCCAGAACGGUAUUCGCCAGACGUGGGCUCCCAUGUACACGAUGUUCUCGCGCGGAAAUAUCAAAGAGAAGAAACGGCUCCUCGACUCAUACACCGCCCUCAACCACACGUGGGUGGUGGACCUCUACGCGGGCAUUGGAUAUUUCUCUCUCUGCUACGCCCGCAACGGUGGUCGACUUAUGUGCUGGGAACUCAAUCCCUGGUCCGUCGAGGCUUUGGUGCGCAACUGCCGCCUAAACAACUUUUCCUGUAAACGCGACCUGAUGGAGUACGACCCAAAUACACAAGUAUUUGUGUUCAAUGACACAAAUGAAAAAUGUAUCGAGACGGUGACUCGCUUGUGGAACACACCGCUCCCUAUAAGCCACAUCAACUUGGGUCUCUUGCCGUCGUCCCGCCAAUCGUGGCCUAUUGCGAACCGGCUUCUUGAGUUGUCAACACUACCAACGGUGGUGCAUGUGCACGAAAAUGUCCACAAAAACCAACUUGAAUCGACCCUAGAACUGGUGGCAGAUGAGUUUCCGUUCACGCGUCCGCUCGACACCUUUCUCGUUAAAACGUUUGCUCCCGAUGUGUGGCACACCGUGUACGACUUGCAAAAGGAGCUUUGAUGCAUCUUUGCAGCCAAUAUUUAGACAUCUGCAUAAAAAUAGACUUUUAGCACGGAGCCUACUAAACGAGCCAAAAAUGGAUAAUUUAACCAAG